AUGGCGACCACGUCCAACGACUCCGCGUCGUCCGAGCGCCUCGCCGAGCUAAAGACCUUCGACGAAACCAAAGCCGGAGGGCGGAGUCAAAAGCUCCCACGCAUCUUCCACACGCCGCCUCGCCUCUUGGACAACCGCCCCGCCGUCUCAUCCGAAGAUCCCGACUUCAUCUUCCCUGUCAUCGACUUGGAAGGCGUGUUGGAUCCGAACAAGCGAACCUGGAUCGUCAAGAACAUCCGGGACGCGUCGGGAAAAUGGGGUUUCUUCCAGGUGGUGAACCACGGGGUUCCUGCAAUUGUCAUGAAGGAGAUGCAGGCCGGAAUCCGCAAGUUCUAUGAGCAGGACGUGGAGCUGGAGAAGGAAUUCUUUGGCUGCGACCCGACCAAGAAAGUCGUCUACAACAGCAACUUCGAUUUGUAUAACGCACCCGCUGCCAACUGGCGUGACUCGACGCUGUAUCACAUGGCUCCGGAUCCGCCAGCGCUGGUGGAAUUUUCGGCUUGCUGCAGGGAAAUCCCGACGGAGUACUCCAAGGAGAUGAAAAAGUUUGGAGAUUUGCUCUUUCAGCUGUUGUCCGAGGCUCUGGGUUUGAGGUCAGAUCAUCUCAGAGAAAUUGGUUGUGUGGAGGGAAUGGUGAUGGGGUGUCAUUACUAUCCGGCAUGUCCUCAACCGAAACUCACGAUUGGGUUGGGAAAACAUUCCGAUCUCGACUUUGCCACUAUCCUCCUACAGGAUCACAUCGGAGGGCUUGAGGUUCUUCAUUGGAAUCAAUGGGUCGAUGUGCCUUACUCUUUUGGAGGUUUGGUGAUUAACAUCGGAGAUCUGCUUCAGUUGAUAUGGAACGAUGUGUAUAUAAGCGUGGAGCACAGAGUGGUGGCAAAAAGUGUUGGGCCAAGAGUGUCGAUAGCAUCACUUUUCGGCACAGGACUUUCACCUAAUCCGAAGAUCUAUGGGCCGAUAAAGGAGUUGGUGUCGGAAGAUAAUCCACUGAUAUACAAGGAAACCACGAUGCAGAACUACGGUGCCCGCUACUUUGAAAAAGGUCUUGAUGGGAGCUCUACAUUGCUUCAGUUUAAGCUAUGA